GUGUGAGGAUGAAAUAAGACUCACUAGAGAAAAAAAAGCUAGAAGAAUUGUUCAGUGUUACAAGCCAUCAUCAGAUAGCAUUCAAAUGGCUUCCUCAAGUGAUGCUGGUCAAAGACCUGCUUGGACUCCAUCAUCUUGGAGGAAGUAUCCGAUCUCACAACCGAUAGAAUAUCCUUCACGAAAAGCAUUGGAAGAUGCUACCCAACAACUUCGUUCUUUGCCCGGAUUGGUUACUUCGCAUGAGAUUCGAUCUUUACGUGCACAACUAGCAUCUGUGGCUCAAGGCAAGUCAUUCUUACUUCAAGGUGGAGAUUGUGCAGAGCUGUUCGCCGAUUGUACACCUGACAAGAUUGAAGGAAAGGUCAAAUUGCUACUCUUGAUGUCGUUGAUCAUCAUUUGGGGAGCAAGAAUACCGGUCGUGCGUGUUGGAAGAAUUGCAGGACAAUAUGCAAAGCCAAGAAGUAAGGCUACAGAAGUGGUCGAUGUGCCUUCUUCAAAGCCAGAUGGAAGCAUCACUACAGAAAAGAAGGAAGUAUUGACAUUUAGAGGUGAUAACAUCAAUGGAUUUGCAGCCGAUCAGCGGAUACCCGAUCCACAAAGGCUUCUGACAGCAUACUUUUACAGCUGUACAACAUUGAACCACAUUCGUGCAUCUUUGGGUAGUGGACUGGCUGAUUUGCAUGCACCACUAUCAUGGACUACGUCUCAUGUUCGAUCAGAGUCUUUGGCAAAACAAUUUUCGCAUAUCGUCUCCAGUUUGACCGAUGCAUUGGAUUUCAUGCGUGUCAUUGGUGCUGAAUCACAAAAUGAUACCGUAUCCAAAUUGGAAACUGUGGACUACUUUAUCGCACAUGAAUGCUUGACUUUGGAGUUUGAGGAAGCAAUGACUCGGCAAACGGUUAAUGCAAAGAAGCAGGAGUCCGCUGCGUCCACUCCUGAAGCAGCAUCACCUCCCUUCUACGAUCUUUCCGCUCACUUUGUUUGGUUAGGAGAUCGAACACGAGCUGUGAACGAGGCACAUGCUGAAUUCGUGAGAGGAAUUGCGAAUCCAAUCGGAAUUAAAGUGGGUCCAAGUAUGAAACCUGAUGAACUCAUCUCGCUUCUAUCUAUCGUUGAUCCAAGUCGGGGAGCCGACCUAGGAAAGGUGACUCUCAUAGCAAGAUUCGGACGUGGAAAGUCUCAAACCCAUCUUCCUGCAUUGAUCAAAGCUAUUCAAAGUUCACCAUGGAGUAAGUCUGUAAUUUGGUGUUGCGACCCAAUGCACGGCAACACGAUCUCCUCGCCUUCGGAUCCUUCUUUGAAAACAAGAGCUUUCGGUGAUGUCUUGACAGAAUUGACUGAGCAAUUGGCCAUUCACGCCCAGAACAAUAGUCAUCUUGGCGGUAUACACUUGGAGUUGACAGGAGAGGUGGACGAAUACGGUGAAAGUGUUACAGAAUGCACUGGAGGAGCAAUGGGUUUGGAAGAUUCUCAUUUGAAGAUGCGGUACAGGACUCAUUGUGAUCCUAGAUUGAAUUUGGAACAAUCUUUAGAUAUCGCCUUUAUGAUCUCAAACGCACUCAAAAGUGAGAGACUGAAUGCAGGGGCUUCAUCCUCGGCGAAGUCUGCAACUGAAAAGUACGAUCAUGAUGCACUCGUGAAGGAAUUGUUGAACGGUACCAGCACUUUGUAAAGUAGGCUCUAUAAUACCAUGUCAUUCCUCUAAUCUGUACCAGUUGUGAGCCCCGCUCUUGUCUAAGAUAGACCAUG